GUGAAAGUGUUUUCCGGUUGUGUUUGGUGCGUCGGACCUCACAGGUUUCUCCGUGAAUUUCCUAGCUACGGCCACAUGCGCCGCGUGGGGACCAGGGAGCGGUGAGCCCGAGGAGGAGCGCCCGGCAGCAGCGCACACCUAUCGGCUCCAGGUAGAGGAGCUCACGGGGAAAGACGGACGGAGCGGAACGACCCUCGCGCAGCGUUCGAGAUGGCAUUAGCCAGAGACCCGGGAGUCGGGCCGGAGCAGAGGGACGCGGCCGAGCAGAACUUCGACUACAUGUUCAAGCUGCUGAUCAUUGGCAACAGCAGCGUGGGAAAGACGUCCUUCCUGUUCCGCUACGCCGACAACUCCUUCACCUCGGCCUUCGUCAGCACGGUGGGCAUCGACUUCAAAGUCAAGACCAUCUACCGGAACGACAAGAAGGUCAAACUCCAGAUCUGGGACACGGCGGGACAGGAGCGCUACCGCACCAUCACCACGGCGUACUACAGAGGAGCCAUGGGAUUCCUGCUCAUGUACGACAUCACGGGCCAGGAGUCCUUCUGUGCCGUUCAGGACUGGGCGACUCAGAUCAAGACGUACUCGUGGGACAACGCUCAGGUGGUGCUGGUAGGAAACAAGCUGGACUUGGAGGAGGACCGGCAGGUUCCCACGGAGGAUGCCCAGCGCCUGGCCACGGAGCUGGGCUUCGAGUUCUUCGAGGCCAGCGCCAAAGACAACGUCAACGUGAAGCAGGUGUUCGACAAGCUGGUGGACGUCAUAUGCGAAAAGAUGGACGAGAGCGUGGGCGGCGACGGCGGCGGCGCGGCGGCGGCGCAGAGGGCCGACGGCCUGAAGGACACGGGCCGCGGCAGCCGGGGCGGCUGCGCGUGCUGACUUCAGCCGCAGACACGGAAUAAAUCAGUUGGCAAAAACGUCUCUCGCUGUGCAUUUACUUUUACAGUCCCGUCGUGAAUCUCACCGCUUUGUCCUUUUUCGCAGCUUGGUUGAAUGCGACUGUUACAUGACGAUGCCAAAGAGCUGGACCGGUCAGCUGUGCCUUUGUCCCGACUCCGGUCGUUUCUGAUUUCCUAUCCAUACGUGUAGUGUGACCUGUUGCAGGUGAAGGUGUGAAUGACAGGCCUGAGCCUGAGACGCUGCUCUGAGCUGCUUGAGUUGUGCUGCCCCCUUGUGGGUGUAAUGUGGAAAUGCAUACAUGAUUCACAUGACUACUCAGCAAGGUGCUGUGUAGGGCACAUUGAUGUACUCCAGACAUGUCAUUACUGUUUUGACUGAAACUUGUGUCUCUCAUAAAUUUCUUAUUCAAUUUGCCUAGAGAUAAUCCAGUGUCACUAUAAACUGACAUUAAACUACUUAACUAAA